CCGGCUCGUCUGACGGUCUCGCCGGAGUGUGAUUAUCAUGGUUUUGUGAAGCUGACACACAGUUUCAGCUUUUUCUUCCACCCGAAAUGUCGCUGCUACAGAGCUCAAAGAAAAAAGACAAGCGUAUUUUGUCUGGUACCUGCCCAGACCCGAAAUGUCAGGCGAGGCUGUUCUUCCCCGCUCACGGCUCCGUUAGCAUCGAGUGCACCGAGUGUGGUCAACGCCACGAACAGAAGAACCUGCUCAACGUCGAAGAAGUGACGGAUCCAGAUGUUGUGCUGCACAAUCUGCUCAGAAACGCCCUGCUCGGCGUCACCGGGGCCCCGAAGAAAGGGACGGAGCUGGUGAAGGUAAUGGGGCUUUCUAAUUACCACUGCAAGCUCCUGUCCCCGGUGCUCACCAGGUACGGCAUGGAUAAACAAACCGGCAAAGCCAAGCUGCUGAGGGAAAUGAACCAAGGGGAGAUGUUUGACUGCUCGCUCCUGGGGGACAGAGCUUUCCUGAUUGAGCCGGACCAUGUGUCCACCAUGGGUUACGGUAAGGACCGGUCAGGGAGCCUCAUAUACCUGCAUGACACUCUGGAGGAGGUUAAGAAAGCCAACGGUAACAGAGAGUGUCUCAUUCCGGUCCACGUGGAUGGAGACGGUCACUGCCUGGUCCACGCCGUGUCCAGAGCACUGGUGGGCAGAGAACUGUUCUGGCAUGCCCUGAGAGAGAACCUCAAACAGAACUUCAAGCAGAACCUGGACCGCUACAAGGCCCUGUUCCAGGAUUUCAUUGACGCCGCAGAGUGGGAGGACAUCAUCAACGAGUGCGACCCCCUGUUCAUCCCACCUGAAGGCGUGCCGCUUGGACUGCGCAACAUCCACAUAUUUGGUUUGGCCAACGUCCUCCACCGACCCAUAAUCCUGUUGGACUCCCUGAGCGGGAUGAGGAGCUCCGGGGAUUACUCGGCCACCUUCCUGCCCGGGCUGGUGGCCGAGGAGCAGUGCCGGGGGAAAGACGGGAAGCUCAACAAACCCAUCUGCAUCGCCUGGAGCAGCUCCGGCAGGAACCACUACAUCCCUCUGGUGGGAAUCAAGAACACGGUGCUGCCCAAGCUCCCGGCCCGCCUGCUGCCGAAGGCUUGGGGCGUCCCUCAGGAGCUCAUCAGGAAGUACAUCAAGCUGGAACCGGACGGGAGCUGCGUGAUCGGAGGCGACCGCAGCCUGCAGGAUAAAUAUCUGAUGAGGCUGGUCAACGCCAUGGAGGAGGUGUUCAUGGAGAAGCACAACAUCCACCCCUCACUGGUGGCUGACGUGCACCAGUAUGUCUACAGGCGGACCGGCGUGAUCGGCAUCCAGCCCGAGGAGGUGACUGAGGCAGCCAAGAAGUCGAUGAUGGAGAACCGGCUUCACCGCUGCCUGAUCUGUGGCGCCCUCUCUGAGCUCCACGUGCCGCCGGAGUGGCUGGUUCCUGGUGGGAAGCUCUACAACUUGGCCAAGUCCACGCACGGCCAGCUGCGGCCGGACAAGAAUUACAGCUUCCCCCUCAAUAAUGUGGUCUGCUCUUAUGACCCCCAGAGAGACGUCCUCAUCCCAGACUACAAACUGAGCUCCCUCAACACUUGCAGCUGGUGUCACGGGACGUCGGUCCGUCACAUCCGCGGCAACGGGUCGGUGGUUUACCUGGACGGGGACAGAACCAACACCCGCUCCCAGGGGGGGAAAUGUGGAUGUGGCUUCAAGCAUUACUGGGAGGGGAAGGAAUAUGACAACCUCCCCGAGGCCUUCCCCAUCACACUGGAGUGGGGGGGUCGGGUGGUGCGAGAGACUGUGUACUGGUUCCAGUAUGAGACUGACACAGCGUUGAACAGCAAUGUGUAUGAUGUGGCUAUGAAACUGGUCACCAAGCACUUCCCGGGGGAGUUUGGCAGCGAGAUCCUGGUGCAGAAAGUGGUCAACACCAUCCUGCAUCACACCGCCAAGAAGAACCCGGACGAGUACAACCCGGUGUCCAUCGACGGGGCUCACGUCCAGCGUCUCACCGACACCACAGACACUCAUCAGGUGGCGGACCCCCAGCCACCCACCAAGAUCAUCCUGACUGGUCAGAAAGCAAAGACGCUCCACAAAGAGGAGCUGACGAUGAGCCGGGCAGAGCGCAGCAUCCAGCAGAGCAUCAGCGAGCAGGCCUUCGUCAGUCAGAAGCGACGGACUGACAAGCUGAAGCAGGAGCAGAAAGGACACGGCCGGGCGUCCUCCCCUAGCGGGUCUCCAGAAACUUCCUCCUCUUCUGCUCCGGCCACGCCCACCAAAUCCUCCUCCCCCUCCUCGUCCUAUAAGGAGAAGAAGAUCCGUGUGACCACCAGUGAUGGCAGGCAGGCCAUGCUGACCCUGCAGGCCCACACCACCUUCUCAGAGCUGCAGAGGAGCAUUGCCAACCAAUUUGGCGUGCCGCCGGCGCAGCAGUGCAUCCGCUACGGCUUCCCGCCCAAAGAGCUGGCCCCCCCAAAGGACAGCGAGGAGAACGAGCCCGUGGCGCUGCAGCACGGUGACAGGGUAACGGUGGAGAUCCUGAAGGGCCCUGAGGACAAGAGCCCCGCGGCCUCCAUCCCUCGAGCCUCCAGCUCGCACUCCGCCCUGCACUCGGUGAAGAGCGAGGACGCCGUGACGUCCGGCAGGAUGAGCAGCCGGGAACUCCAGGACAGCAUCGACCUUGAGAUGUCCUCCCUCUGUCUCCUAGCAACCUUGAUGGGUGAGGAUGUUUGGUCGUACGCAAAGAAGCUGCCGCACUUAUUCCAGCAGGGCGGCGUCUUCUACAACAUCGUCAAGAAAGACAUGGGCCUGAUGGACGGGAAACACUGCACGCUGCCUCACCUGACGGGGAAAACGUUUGUUUAUAACGCAGCAGAGGAGCGUCUGGAGCUCUGUGUCGACACCGCAGGUCACUUUCCUGUGGGCCCAGAUGUGGAGGAGCUGGUGAAGGAGGCGCUGGUGCAGCUGCGUUCAGAGGCAGCCACAAGGGGCAGCAGAGAGGGGAGCCCUUCACAUGGCGUGCUGCGGCUGGGUAGCGGUGGCGUCGUCCGUAAGAAGGAGCAGCUGCAGAGCGUCACCGCCUUCCAGGGUAAAGGUCACUCUCUGGGCAGUGCCGGUGGCUCCUCCCCUCCGGAGCACAGGCCUAUCACGCGCCAGCACAGCAGCGGCGUGGACCUGAGCGCCAGCGUGUCCAGAGGCCCCCCGGACCUGUCGGACAUCCCCGAGGACACCACCAGGGAGCUGGUUCGCAUGGCGCCCGGCUUUGUCACCAUGAAGGACGGUCGUGGUCUGGACCCCAGCCUGAUGGAGCAGCAGCGGAGGAAGCUGCAGGAGAUGGUCUCCUCCAUCCAGGCUUCCAUGGAACGCCACCUGAGAGAGCAGCAGAGCGCCGCUGCCGCCGCCGCAGGGGGCGGGGCCAGCCAGGAGCGGACAGGCGGGACUAAGACAGGCGCGGGCCAAUCAACAUCCACACCGAGCCACGAACCUCCAGCUGCAGCAGGCGUCUCGUCAGCUGACAAACCAGAGGGGAAGGCAGAGGAGCUGGAGGAGAUGGAGAGCCAGGACGCCGGGCAGAGCAACACCACUGAACCCAUGGAUCACUCCUGAUCACUCCAGACCCCCAGCACCGCCCCCCGCCCCGCCCUCACCCGCCUGGCCAGCAUCUGUGGGUCGUAACGCCUCAGGUCGGAUCCUAAAGCUUUUGGUCUUCAUCGUGUUUCGUUGUCUUUACUGCAUGACUCCAGAGCGGGCCGACCGUCCUCGCCUCGCCGCACACUCGGGGCGGGACAUUUACCGACAAGGCGAUAUAUUGUGACACACUGUCUGCGAUACAUCAUUGAUGCGCUCACACCACUACCACAGUUCUGUUGCAGUACUGAAGCUGUUGCUGUGUGUGUUUAAACUCUAUGCACUUUGGUACACAGCCCCUCAUCACAGCUUGUGAUUGAUUCCUGCGUUUAACAGAAAUUAUUUUUCCUUUCAUGAUACGUUUUUUUUUAGUUGAUGAUGUAUCAUAAACGACUGUCUUACAAUAUAUCGCAGAGUCUCUAGUUUGGUGACAGACUUGUACCUCUCGCCCUGCAGACGUCUCACCCUCUCGCUAUAAACACCCAGCGAAAUCCGAGGAGGAGAAACUACUCGGACUCGUGUGUGAGACGCGUUCCUGUAGAUAGAAAAGUCCUCUGAGUCUUAAUCUGCCACCAGGGAGGAGAGCUGCUGGUCGCCGGCGGCGUAACGUCCUGCAAACAUGCUUCCAUCAACGUGCACGCUCCGAGACGUGCACCAGCCUCUGUACGCAUCAACGCCUUCAUCACCGAAAUCUGCUUUUCCACCGUCCGUCUGUCCGAGGGCCGCAGGGAGAACUCUGGAUCUGUGUUCGCUCGACUGUCUGAUGCCUUCGCAUAAAGUUUUGCCCCCCCCCCUCCAUGGUCACAAUUUAAAUUCAACAUUUAAUCCAGCUUCAGACCAACCUGCGCCACCUACAGGCCAGUGACAGCUGCUGCAGUUUUGACACGUGUGCCACCUGCAGGUAAAAAGUCUCACUGUGUUUUUUUUCCGUUUUAUUUUUCACAUUUUAAGCCUGUAAAAUGUUGUUUUUGUUUCUGCUCCACACGGCGUAACGUCACGUGUCCACUAUCCACAGAUUGAUCGGCCGAUAAGUAACAACGCAUUGACAAGUUUAUUUUUACACUUUAAAAUAACCUUUAAAUUACAUUGUAUGGCCACAGCCCUUUUAUAACCAAAUUUAAAUUUUCUUCUUAUGAAAAAUAUUUGUUAGUGAUUUGUUUUUAUGCUUGGAAAAGGAAUACUGGCCGAUAUGUCAUAAUCAGAGUUAGCCUUAAAAAGACAGCAGGUCAGACUCUAGUUUGUUACACAGAUGCCAAACAGAAAUGAUUAAUGUAGCUUGACUUAGUUUGAUUUCUUACUCUGAAUACUAGAGCUGUAAACUUUGGUUUUAUUAAAAUCCAUAAUGUGUAUUAGUAGAGCAGUAGACUCAGAUGACAGAUAAUUAAUAUGAUCAACAUUUGUCUGAUGGUCAAGUGCCUGGAAAAUCUUCAUUUUGAAGCCCAAUUCAUACAGGUCACAGCCAUAAGCUGAAAUGUGCUUAAAUUAGAGUAUUUAAUAUCCUGUGGUCAGUGUGACACAGUGACGUUCCUGUUGAUUGUGUAAAAACCACAAACGCUCUGAGAGACAUCCUCCUUACCUGCAUGUGGCACUAUUUUCAACUUGCAGCGCCUGUCUUUAAAUUUAAACAGCUCAGCAUUUUGUCAAAAUAAAGCAUUUUUUUUAGGAAACAAACUAUAAGAAUUUGGAAGAAAAUAUGUUUUACAGUGAAAGGUUGCUGAGCAGAAGUGACUUAAGGUCUGUAAAGGUCUUGCAGGUGUGUUGAACUGGUCUGAUAAUGAGUUAACGGCCUCCUCGUGUGGAGAAACUCUCUUAAAGCUGAUGAAUGCAGCGCUUCACAUCGUUAAGCAAAAAAAUUUGUCGACUAAUUAGUCAUUAAACUCCUGGUUUACUAAAUACCCAAAUAUCAAAGUGCUGAUGAUUUCCUUAAUGAAAGACAACCCAUCAUUUAUUUGACUGUUUUUACAAAAGUAACAUUUUUACCUUUAAAUGUAAGUAAAACAUUUAAAGGUAG